AUGUGGUACAUCACCGGGCCGAAGUUGGCACAGCGUGCGGCGCGUCAUGCGUGGCAGGGCGAUGGCAAGGAGGAGAAGAUAUCUGAUGCGUAUGCCCGGGCUGGAGAUCAACGCUACCCUCUGGAUGUACAGGAUUUCCUGAAGCUUCUCCGCCGCAAGUGUGGCAGCGUCGUUCGGGCGUGGCGGGUGGCUCUGGACAAAGAUGGGGGCAGCGAGCUGGAGUUCUGUGAGUUCGUCAGCGCAGUGCGUCAGAUGGGUUCUGGUUCGGGCCAGAAUGCGCGCAGCCUUUGGUUCAAUCUGGACGUGGAUCAAAGUGGCACGCUGAGCCUUUACGACUUGGAUCCAAUUGCCGCACAUGCCCUCGACAAGUUUCGUUACUUGUGCACAAGUCGCUACGGCUCGAUCAAUGCAGCGUUUGAGCAGCUUCUCGAUACGAGCAGAUCUGGUGUCGUGACCCUGGAGAACUUCAUUGAAGCGGUCAGGGACCUAGGAUAUGAGCCAGCUGUAGCCGAAGAGCUUUUCAACUGGCUGCGAUCGCGGCCUGGGACCCUUUUCCUCCGGAAGAGUGACCUGCAUUUCCUCCAGAAAUGGGAGGACGCGAAACGUGACAAGAAGGAGAAAGCUGGCACACUGCAUGUGGGCUGGAUCAACCGAGACCCAUCUGCGGCAGUUGAAUAUCGGAAGAUGGCGGACAAGCUUGCCGAGAAAAGCGGGCAACAAAAGAUGGAGCAGCGAGUCUCCGAGACACCGUUCACCGCCACGGCGCUGGCCAUCGCCAAGGCGACAGAAAAGGUGCAAGGCAACUCGGCGAGGUCCUCCGUGGAUCCGGUACAGACCCAACACAGGCCGGAAACUCCAGGCAAGAAGGGCGCAAGGGUGGAGGCCCCUGCAACGACGGCGGCCAUUGCCAGUGCGCAGGAGACAGUGGGUUGCUAUGCCAUGAGACUGGCUUCCGAUAAUGAGAACAACACUACCAAGUUCUUGAAGUAUCUUCUGGACCGCUUCGGGUCUCUAGCAGCUGCCUGGGAUGCGAUGGAACCCGGAGAGGUGGGAGAGAUUCGCAAGAGCGACUUCGAGUUCGUCGUGUGCUUCAAACUAGGAUACUGCCGGAACACUGAUGCACGCCGGCUUUUCGAAGCCUUGCCCAAGAAGGACUCGCAUCGCCUAACCUGGCGGGACCUCGGCCUGAAGCCGGAUGAAUGGCUGGGGUUUCUUACGCAGAAGAAGUGGCAGAAAUCCUUGCUGAUGGUGGAGGAGAUGAAGAAGUGCGACGGAGAUGGCGCUCGGCUCGCCUUGGAGCGACACUACCAACGAGCAAAGCUGCACGGUCAUCAGCUACAGCUCGAGUUUGGCGAGAAGCCGAUGCUGCGCAACCAGGCUGAGCUGCCAAAAUGGUGCCGCCCCAGGUCAGCUCAAAGUCAUCGGCAGCGAGCGUUGGGCACUGCAGCUGCCGCAUAG